AUGAGCAAGUUGCGUUUCUCUGUAGUGGCGUGUACGAGCGAGGAUGUAAAUUUCCGAGCUACUGAGCUAAAUGCUAAUGCAGUCAAUAGUAAAGGUUACAUGACAGCUAAGAACUGUCCGUAUCCUCAAGAAUUGGUGCUACAACUUCAAGACGGAUUAUGUCGUCUAACUCAAGUGCAAUUGCUCUCACAUCAGAGUUGUAUUACUACGAAAAUUGAGCUCUUUGUCUCUCAAACUCUUUUAUAUGAAGGAGAUACCACCAAGUUUAGUCGACUUGGAUUUCUCACACUUAAGGCCAAUACUGAGACGGGUCGAGCUAUAAAUUUUUUACAAUUCUUAAAACAACAGAUGCGUAUCGACAUGGAGGCUCGUACUGCUAUCACAGCUGUCAAGUAUCUGUUUAAGGGCUUUGAUCGAAAUGAUAACCUGUGGUCUGCGUUGCUAAAGAAAGAAAGAGAAAGAAAGUGA